AUGUCGGGAGUAAUGAAGGUCAAGAAUGUUAAGUGGGAGGGAGAUGAUGUCAGGAGUAAUGAAGAAGCUUCUUGCCCAAUAAAACACUGCUUCCACCUAACCUGUGUGUGUGUACUGCAGGAGAUCCUGGGGGUGUGGCGUGAGGACGGGGGAGUGUCUUGGGUGCCCCUGACACCCGUCACCACCUUCAGGGAUGUGGCUGCCUGCGUCAGGGACACCGGUGAUCCUCUACCUCAUCUGCUGGAGGCCUCCCCGCUCGGAGUGAGGGUGGUGGCCGGGUGGGAGCGUCCGCUGGAGUUGUUAAGACUGUGGGAUGGUCUAAAGGAUCAGGUCUCCUACACCGCCUCCUACAGCCACAAGGACGAUCCAACAGACCCACUCUCUGCCUUCUCCAAGUCCUCCUAUCUAGAGGAGGACGAGGAGGACAGCGAUCCGAUAAGCCCUUGGGAGCUGUACGAUCUCAAGGACGAACUCAAGGAUUUAGGGCCGGAGCUGCGUUCUCCUCUGAGCAAUGGGGCUCUGACGACCUCGGGUUAUCCCCAAAGUGGUGUUGGGUUGGCCUUCAACGAUCCACCUCUCUCUCGCUCUCUGGAUGAUAGUGAUGAGUUGGUGGUGGUCAGUAGUGAUGGCGAAGCGGAUUCCUCCUACAACUCUCACACUCACAAUCACUUCGGCAGGCCAUUCUUCAGACAUGGUGGUGAACGUCUCAGUAACAGGUACCCCGGCAGACCCUCCCAGAACUGGAGUUCCCGUCAACGUAGACCGUCGGCGAGCUCUCCAUUUGUGCGUGGUCGCUCUCAGACAUCAUCCCUUCCGCUAAAAUCUCAGGAACUUGUACAUUCCCCUCUGCAUUACUCAAAACAACGGUAUCAGUUUAAUUUACAAAACUCUCGAUUUAACGCAGAAGUUGAUCACAGAAAACGAAUGUUCCCUGUACAUACCAUAGAAAACGGUUCACUUAAUUUUUUGAACGGAAACAUGUAUAAAUAUAACGGUAUUCAGGAUUACAAUGUCGCAAAGGAAAAUUAUAUGGAAAAAAUGCAAUGGAAUAGGAAUCUGAGCCCUGUGAUAAGUAAAAAACAAAAGUUAAGGUCUACAGAGCAUAAACAACCUAGUGCAAACACUGGAUAUGUUAAAGUUAACGGUAAAAGUUCGAGAGUGCAAUCAAGUCAAGGAGAGCCUACCCGUCCCUCCCAUGCUGGUCGUCCGAGCCAGAGUGAUAUACGACGCCUUCUACAGAACCACUUCACUAAUAAAGCUCCUCAGGUGAAACAUGUGAUAGAAGUUCACCAGAGUGAAGCCGCUCCGGAUACUCAAUCUAGUUAUAUCAAGGAAGCGAAUUCCCACACGAGGAAAAAUCUUAAUACCAGCGGUCGUGAUUUACAGAUUCGAAAUAAUAGCGAUUAUGUUGGGAGCUCCCAUGGGAAAAGUAUAGUUAACUGUGCAACGAGUGGUGAGAGUGGGAGUAGAACCGACCCUGUGAGCUGUGGUAGAGAGUCAUCCGUGUGUACAAACUAUAGUCCAGGACACCAAAGUCACGGCCAGGCUCAAGUACAGGAACAUGACGGCCAGAGACACUCCACCAACCACAGGUCUAGGGGCAAGAAAGAUGGCAUUGAGCACCACAAUAAGGGAAUCCCCGGACAGUGGGCGGGCAAGGGUACCAGCAGUCAUGGGCAAGAGCGUCGCCCUCAUGUUAGAGUGCUUGGAGAGGCAGGAAGCAGCAGGGAGACAAGACAGUCUCAGGGCGGUAGAUCACACAGCAGUGUUGUUGAGGGUGAACAGCUGCCCGUGUGGGGGGCGGGUGCCCCUUCUUCACUGGGCACCAGUCAGGAGAGACCCUCCAGGAGAACAACCACACAACGCACCGUCCACAGACGCUCUUAUUCUGACCCCCUCUACGAGUACCUGAAGGAGGCCCCACAAGCACUCCAUCUUCGACAAGCACCACGACGACGUAGACACUCAGGUCAGUCUCUUUCCACUAUCCCACAACCUCGUGUCCUCUUUAUAUAAUACAAAUCAAGGAACCUUCCUUGAGGGGAAUGGUAGAUAAUCACCUCGAAAUUCUCUUACUAAACUCUGUACGUCAUUGCUGGUUCACAUUUUCAGCCAAGAGUAAAAUAAUUACCCAUUUUGUUAGUGUUAUGAGGUACAGUUAUGUUGUGAGUAGAUACUGCAUUUUCCAUAUUAUUAUGAAUGUUAUUGUAGCAAGGCAACAAUAUAUAUCAU